GACAGGUCAUACAACAAGCUAUGAUAGUCCGAAAUUCUAAAUAAUAAAAGGCUUCAGCAAACAUCAAAGAUAGGUCCACCACAGCAACAGUUAGCUGACUUUCUGAUGCAACUAUUCUUCUUUCUAUUUUGUCUUUAAUUGGUUAAUUCUGUCAUGAAUCACGUGGAUACUGGAUAUGGUGGGCGUACACUCUCGCCAUCCUUACUGUAGGCUGAAUAGCGAAGCAGGUUUAUGGAUGUAAAAGCAAACCGGUCGACAUAGCCUAUGUGAUCCUAUGAAUCUGUUGCGAAUACCGUAGUAGGCUGAUUCAGUCGGACGCUCCAAUGUCUGUAGUAAAUGCGAAGCAAACGAUCGUAAAUCCGACAAUUCCAUUUAGUGGAAAUAUAGUUGAUGGACUACAUCCAGGGGAUAUUGUACUCAUCCAGGGUACGGUCCUAAGGGAUGCAGACAGGUUCCAUUUGGACCUGGCCUGUGGUAGCAGUACCAAACCACGCUCAGACAUCGCCUUCCAUUUAAAUCCGCGUUUCAUGCCCCAGCCAAGUAUUGUAUGCAAUUCUUUAGUACAAGAAUGCUGGGGCCGUGAGGAGAAACUAGAUCAGAUGCCCUUUAAACAGGGCUCCAUGUUUGAAACCAUCAUACUAGUGCACGAGGACGUGUUUAAGGUAGCAGUAAACGGUAAACACAUCUUGGAGUACAGACACAGACUUCCAGUGGAGACAAUCGACACUUUCUCAAUAUCAGGGCGGGUCUCUGUGCACACUAUUGCCUUUACACCAAAUUCAGCCAUUUUCUCUGAAUCAGGGGACCUGACUAUACCCUACAGAGGCAGUAUGCUGAGGGGAUUGAGUCCUGGACAGCAUAUCACAGUUACUGGCCAUGUCAGCUCAUAUCCACACAGUUUUACAGUCAAUCUAAGAAGUCGGAGCUCAGAGAACAUUGCCCUGCACCUCAACGCCCGCAUCAAGUCUGGUCUGUUCAUCCGGAACUCUCUGCUGGCUCAGGGCUGGGGCCGUGAGGAGCUGGAGCUGGGUCCCUUUCCCUUCACUCCCGGACACUACUUUGAGAUGAUCAUUCUGUGCCAGUCCCACCAGUUUAAACUGGCAGUGAAUGGGGACCACCUGCUGGUCUACAGACACCGCAUGCAGGACCUGGGCAGCAUCGACCAGCUGGAGGUCAUGGGAGACCUGGAACUGCAGGAGGUGCGACUUUGGUGACGUGGUUGUCCUUACCUUCACACCUAAGGCCAUACCAGGCAGGGACAACGUGCCACUAGGCUUCAGAGGACCAUUAAUAGUCACCAGAGACUGCAGCAAUAUAGUGGAUCUGGGAAGUCAGUUCAAUGUGCAAUGUGACAACACACUAAAGUAGCUGAUCACAAGUGUAGUGUAGUGAUCCAGCAAGGGUUCAUUUUAGUUUGUUUCAGGGUGAAAUACCAGAGUACUCCUCUUCUGUCCUCUGUAUUUCAUGUGAAUUAUGUAGCGUCUGACUGUUUUGAUUGACGGUUUUGAUGUGAGCCACUACUCACACGGUGAAGAUGCCUCCAUCUUCUCCCUUCCCAGGCUCCAGGUUAUGGUUGUCUCAUAUAUGGUCAUUUAGAUCAUAUAUGUAAAUAAAGAGGCGCUACAUUUAUUUAAACAGAAAAUAUAACCUCCGAGAACCUUUGGAGAAAACAUGUUUUAUAGCUGUACAUCUUUUUCUCAGGACAAAUGAGUUUGUCACAUAUCCUCCAAUCUCAUAUACUAUGGGAAACAGGUCCAUCAAUCUUAUUUGUUUUUCAAACAUGGUGGUGCUCUUUCAGACGAAAACAUUUUUGUGAAGCCAAGCACAGCUGACAUAUUAAAAUAACCGCUCUAUAAUACAAUACAAUUCUGAAAAAAAGUUGGAACAAGCAAGAUAAAUAGCUAAAAAAGCAACUGCAAUUAAUGCCGCACUUUGGCCAGUAUAUUCUGACUGAUGUCCUGCUUUUCUGCAUGACUACAUAAAGCUGAACCUAGUUACACAUAUACCUAUUGUUGGAUGAGAAUCAGCACCCAGGAACCUUGAAAUACCUCUGAACAAAUUCUUUGUUUACAACUUGCCAGCAACAUGCAGCUGACACAAAGCCUUCUAUUUGAAGUAGACCAAGUAGGAUUCUCUAUUAAAGGUGCAACACCCUCAAAAGGAACAGGGAGGCAUGUGAACAUGUUUUCAGUUGUACCCAUCAGUGCAACAAGUCUUGUUUGUGCAACUUACAAUAAACAUACUUAUGCAGAAUAUCA